AUCUUCAGAAUGCUACGUUUGGCCACCAUACUUCGCCAAGUGCGCCCAGUGUCUCGCACCCUGGUGCCUCGUCUGAGCCGAGCCUAUGCUAAAGAUGUGAAGUUUGGAGCAGAAGCCAGAGCACUUAUGUUGCAAGGUGUUGACCUUCUAACAGAUGCGGUUGAAGUCACCAUGGGGCCAAAGGGAAGAACUGUCAUCCUUGAGCAGUCGUGGGGGAGUCCUAAAGUAACCAAAGAUGGUGUCACAGUUGCGAAAGCAAUUGAUCUAAAAGACAAAUACAAAAACAUUGGUGCUAAACUAGUUCAAGAUGUUGCCAAUAAUACAAAUGAAGAAGCAGGUGAUGGCACAACUACAGCAACUGUCCUUGCUAGAGCAAUUGCUAAAGAAGGUUUUGAAAAAAUCAGUAAAGGUGCAAAUCCAGUGGAAAUCAGAAGAGGUGUUAUGUUGGCAGUGGAUGCUGUAAUUACAGAAUUGAAGAAACAGUCAAAACCUGUAACAACACCAGAAGAGAUAGCACAGGUUGCUACAAUAUCUGCAAACGGAGAUCAUGAAAUUGGCAAAAUUAUUUCGGAUGCUAUGAAAAAAGUUGGUCGAAAUGGUGUUAUAACUGUCAAGGACGGAAAAACACUUCAUGAUGAGCUGGAGAUAAUUGAAGGAUUGAAGUUUGAUCGAGGCUACAUUUCUCCCUAUUUUAUAAACACUGCUAAAGGUCAAAAAUGUGAAUUCCAAGAUGCGUAUCUUCUGCUUAGUGAAAAGAAAAUUUCUAGUGUUCAGUCUAUAGUUCCGGCUCUUGAGAUUGCCAAUGCCCACCGCAAACCUUUAGUUAUAAUAGCUGAAGAUGUCGAUGGGGAAGCUUUGAGUACUUUAGUUUUAAACAGGCUGAAAGUUGGUCUUCAAGUAGUUGCUGUGAAAGCCCCAGGUUUUGGUGAUAACCGGAAAAAUCAGCUUAAGGAUAUGGCCAUUGCUUCAGGUGGAGUUGUUUUUGGAGAAGAGGCUCUCAACUUGAGUAUUGAAGACAUUCAGCCACAUGACUUUGGAAAGGUGGGAGAGGUAAUAGUUACAAAGGAUGACACUAUGAUAUUGAAAGGAAAGGGAGACAAGUCACAGAUUGAGAAAAGAAUUCUAGAAAUCCAGGAGCAGUUGGAAUCUACAAACAGUGAAUAUGAAAAAGAAAAAUUAAAUGAGAGACUGGCUAAGCUUUCCGAUGGUGUUGCUGUACUAAAGGUUGGUGGAACCAGUGAUGUUGAAGUUAAUGAAAAAAAGGACCGAGUGACAGAUGCUUUAAAUGCCACACGUGCAGCAGUAGAAGAAGGCAUUGUAUUAGGAGGUGGCUGUGCACUAUUGCGUUGUAUACCAGCACUGGACUCUCUGACACCAUCUAAUGAGGAUCAAAAAAUUGGAAUUGAAAUAAUCAGAAGAACACUGAGAAUCCCUGCAAUGACGAUAGCGAAGAAUGCAGGUGUUGAAGGAUCGUUGAUUGUUGAGAAAAUCCUGCAGAGCCCUGCUGGCAUAGGAUAUGAUGCCAUGGCUGGGGAAUUUGUGGAUAUGGUGGAAAAGGGCAUAAUUGAUCCCACUAAGGUUGUACGGACUGCUUUAAUGGAUGCAGCAGGUGUAGCUUCUCUUUUAUCAACUGCAGAAGCUGUAGUGACUGAAAUACCAAAAGAAGAGAAGGAUCCUGGCAUGGGUGGCAUGGGCGGUAUGGGUGGCAUGGGUGGAAUGGGAGGAGGAAUGUUCUAA